CAUAUAGUAAAGAAUGCGGACUGGAAAUUUAUCGACUUCGUUUACCUGCGGAAAAGUAGGUCAACUCAGGUAAAAAAAAAAAAAAACAUGGCGGAUAAACAAAUUGUUCGAAAACAUUUUGUAGACAACUAGACUGCGUUGUUCCCACUUCAUGUUUAGCUGUGAUGAUCGAACUUACCUGGACGGAGGUAUGAAGAUUGUCUGAACUGGUUUCCUGGAAAAUAAGAUGUAUAGUCUCAUCAUCUUGCUUACUAUAAGUUGGCUGAAUAUAGCCCAUGGAAUCGUCAGAGAAUAUUACAUGGAUGGACCUAGUACUUGUGGACAAACAAUCAUCAUCUAUGACAACACCAUUAACCUGGCCGCCCGCUCCCCAAUAUCCACCCCUAACCCCCCCUCUACCUGUACCACCGUCCUCAGGUCAGGCUAUACCGACCCCUACUACUACAUCAAAGUGGAGUGGACUGCCACUAUCAAAGACUGUGCAUUUUCUCUCAGCAUCUUUGAAGGAACAACCCCAUCUGGUUCCCCAGUGAAAAGUUUUCGUUGCUUAGGAGACCAGGAAAAUACUGGUGUUAUUGAAGUUCGAAAUUCAGACAUCACGGUGUAUCUAACCCAGGCCCGAGAUCUAUUCCAGCCUCACAACACGUUUAAUCUACGUAUUACAACAUUCCGUGAUCCGUCUGCACCAGAGUUGUCAGAAGGCACCUCUAAACUCCCCACUGGCGCUGUUAUAGGAAUCGUGAUCGGUCUGUUUGCUCUCAUUGUGUUCUGUAUAGUGAUGUGCUGGUUCUACAAACAGGGAAAGCUCAGCUUCUUAGAGAAGAAGUCAAUGCAGAGCUACAGAGGUGGAGUUAUCUCCUCUGGUAAAUCAAGCAACAUAUUCCACAGUGUCAAUGGUUCCACUGGUUAUGCUGAGUCAGUUGGUAACUCAGAAGCCUCCUUCUCCUCCAAAAACUGGGAAAACCAGCAGAUGUGGGCUAGCUUGACACAUACCCCAACCAUGGGACGAAAAAUAAAACCUGUGACACCCCCUCAAGCACCUCCACUUCCUUCCACUCAGGGCAAAGAGAAGAGCUGGGAAAGUGACAGUCAAACAUCAGGAGUUAGGGACACCAAUUUACCAGUCAUGUCUUCUUCACCACCGAGGGGCAGGAGGAGGACCAAAAGUACGGAGGAACCACCAAGAGGACGCCGCCCAGUUAUGGACAGUGGAAACAUAAAACGAAACUAUUCUAACCAUGGCUACACUGACCAAGAAGACUAUGAAAAAGAAAACAAUACUAACAUAAGAAAGGAAACUAAUGUUGAUGAUGUUUUUGAGAAUAAUCCAACAACAGGUGGAAUCUUGCAUGAACUUAAAAGAGAGCUUUCGCGUAGACAGAGCAUGAAGGAAUUGAAAACUGAGUCAGAUACAAGUGAAAAAAACAUUGCAGAUUCCAAAGAAGGUCCGGCCUCUGAGAGCACACCAAGAACUUCUCGUAAAGCAAAUGGUCAGCCGGAGGAGAUGGGAACUUUUGACAAGUCAAAGUAUGCUGGUAUUGAUCAACAGAGUGAGGUGGGGGAACCAGACAAAAUUACUAACCCACUGCUGCGAACAAAUCCAGCCAUUAGAGCCUCUGUCAGUUCCCUCAGAUCUAGAACAGAUGAAUCUCCAGGAUCAAAACGCAAGAAACGCAAAAAGAAAUAUGUUGGCAUUCACAAGAAGCCCAGUACCGGGAAAGGAGACAGCAUGGAAAACACAACAGAUGACUCUCUUCAAAACAACUCCUUUGAUUCUGUGCCACCUGCUCAUGUAAAGGCAGAUGGGCCUCUUCCUCCCGAGGCCUUAGCUCCAGUUUUUGCUACAGAUGCUUCAGUAAUGCAACAUUUUUACCCUCCUCAACAACAGAACCAAAUAAAUGAAAUAGUUUUGUUGGGUUAUGAUGCUUACGGUAAUGCUGUGUAUGGCAACCCUCAUCAAUACCAGCAGGGUGGACAGAGUUAUAUGAUUGAUCCACAUGGGAACUAUAUUCCUGUGCCUGACAUGUCAUAUCCUGGGAUGCCAGGAUUCACUUCCACCCCAGGACAUGAUUCAUACAAUACACCAUAUCAUAGUCAACAUCCUGUGCCUCAAGGUCAGCUGGCCAGAACAAAUCUGAUGAACACAAUGAACAGCAGCUCGUUAGUGCCGUCUGGGACAGUCCUGGACGACCCUCAGGUCCCUCCACCAGGGGGCACUAUAGUUCGCUCGGCAGUGGACAAGAAAACCGGAGCACAAGUCAAUCAAACAAUAUGGGCAGAUAGCAAGAGAGAUCCUACUGACCCCCCUCCUGGAGAUCAUAACCCACAAAUUUCUCGCAAAACUAUUGUCCGGGUGACUACAAAAGAUGCCACAGACGGGAGGCUUCCUUCUGCACCUGACCCAGCCCUUCAGGAGAUAUCCUUUAACGCGGCCCAGCAGAUACGGGCUCAUCCUGAGGAGGACCCGGCCUUCCUCUCCCCCUCCAAACCCGUCCGACCGGUCACAUCAAACGGCCUACGUACCAUGUACGCCUCAGAAACACCAGAGAGGGAGAAUGCUGCAUUUUAUUCCAAUAUUCAGCCUCCUGCAGUAAUGGAGACACCAAAGACUUCAGUGAUGCGUGAUGCCCCUGUGAAAAGCCAUGCAAUACGUGACAAAGUGACAGUCAGUAGAGAAGAGGAGGAAAUAUAACCCAUUCUGUGUGAAGUAGAAAAUAGAACUGAUUGCAGCUUUUAUAUGAAAUUUUUAGUUUUUUAAAAAGAUUAACUUUUUAAGAGCAUUGUAUAUAUUGAAUAUUUUUAAAUUAUAUUGGUCAAAGACCAGAAAAGCUACCAAUUGUAGGGGGUCUGUUGUCUUUCUUUAAGAUGUUUUACAAAACACUAUUUAUUCUGUAGAAGGAUUUACAAGUUUAGA